AUGAGUAAAGACCGAGCCGAUUUGUCAGCAUUCGGUAAAGAGCCACGCUCUAUAAGCUCAGAACUGAUGAGUAACCAACUAAGAUCACUGAAACAGGUUUUGCGAAUGCCUCAUAAACAAAGCUGCCAUACCACCCGGAGACACGAAGGCUGGAGUACUACCAAUUUGCGGAAGUCUAGACAGGAGCGGUCGAAAUACAAAGGCUGGGCUCGAACUACGGACAUUUGGGUCAGUAAUUUGACGCUCUAA